GCUGCUGGAGGCCGACUCCAAGUCGCUGCGCUCGGUGAACGGCUCGCGGCGCGGCAGCGGCUCCUCGCUGGUCUCCAGCUCGUCGGCCUCGUCCAACCUGAGCCACCUGGAGGAGGACACCUGGAUCCUCUGGGGCCGCAUCGUCAACGAGUGGGACGAGUGGAGGAAGAAGGAGAAGCUGCUCAAGGAGCUGAUCCGGAAGGGGAUCCCGCACCACUUCCGCGCCAUCGUGUGGCAGCUGCUGUGCAGCGCGGCCUCGCUGCCGCUCAAGGCGCAGUACUCGGAGCUGCUGCGCAUGAGCUCCCCCUGCGAGCGCCUGAUCCGCCGCGACAUCGCCCGCACCUACCCCGAGCACGAGUUCUUCAGGGGCCAGGACAGCCUGGGCCAGGAGGUGCUCUUCAACGUCAUGAAGGCCUACUCCCUGGUGGAUCGGGAGGUCGGCUACUGCCAGGGCAGCGCCUUCAUCGUGGGCCUGCUGCUCAUGCAGAUGCCGGAGGAGGAGGCGUUCAGCGUGUUCGUGCGCCUGAUGCAGGAGUACCGGCUGCGAGAGCUCUUCAAGCCCAGCAUGGCCGAGCUGGGGCUCUGCAUCUACCAGUUCGAGUUCCUGCUGCAGGAGCAGCUGCCGGAGCUGAACGUGCAUUUCCGCUCGCAGAGCUUCCUCACCUCCAUGUACGCCUCGUCCUGGUUCCUCACGCUCUUCCUCACCACCUUCCCCCUGCCCGUGGCCACGCGCGUCUUCGACAUCUUCAUGUACGAGGGUCUGGAGAUCGUGUUCCGCGUGGGGAUGGCGCUGCUGCAGUUCAACCAGGCCGAGCUGGUGCAGCUGGACAUGGAGGGCAUGUCCCAGUACUUCCAGAAGGUGAUCCCUCACCAGUUCGACUCGUGCCCCGACAAGCUGAUCCUGCGCGCCUGCCAGGUCAAGUACAACCCCCGCAAGAUGAAGAGGCUGGAGAAGGAAUACGCCGCCCUCAAGAGCAAAGAGAUGGAGGAGCAGAUCGAGAUCAAGCGGCUCCGCUCGGAGAAUCGCCUGCUCAAGCAGCGCAUCGAGACCCUGGAGAAGGAGAGCGCGGCCCUGGCCGAUCGCCUGAUCCAGGGCCAGGUGACGCGGGCGCAGGAGGCCGAGGAGAACGACGUCAUCCGGCGGGAGCUGGCGCUGGUGAGGCAGCGCUGCAGCUCGGCCACCGAGAGCCUGAGGCGGGCACAGAGCACAAUACGGGAGUUACAGACUGUCACUGUGUGUCACUGUGUGUCACUGUGUGUCACUGUGUGUCACUGUGUGUCACUGUCACUGUGUGUCACUGUGUCACUGUCACUGUGUGUCACUGCGCUGGUGAGGCAGCGCUGCAGCUCGGCCACCGAGAGCCUGAGGCGGGCACAGAGCACCAUCCGGGAGCUGCAGGGUAACCCGCGGCUGAGCGAGGAGUUCGUGGCACACCUGGAGACGGAGCUGGAGCGGUCGCGGCUGCGCGAGAGCGAAACCCUGGGAGCCCUCAAGGAGAUGCAGGACAAGGUCCUGGACAUGGAGAAGCGGCAGCCGCUGCUCCCGGACGACUCCAGCGUGGUUCGGCUGCAGGAGGAGCUGCAGGAGCUGGCGCUGAGGGACAUCGGGGACAUCGGGGACACCUGGCAGGUGUGCGGGGGCCGCUGGCAGGAGCCGCGGGCGCUGCACGAGGCCGUGCUGGGGGUGCAGCUCCGCGAGAGCCAGGCCCAGGCGGAGCUGAGGGCGCUGAGGCAGCGCGUGCUGCACCUGGAGACACAGGGCCGUAUCCAGCGGUCGGUGCUGGGCCGUGCCGAGCAGGCCUGUGCCGGGCUGCGGGAGCAGCUCCGCGCCGCGGCCGCCCAGAGCCAGGGGCUGCAGGCGCAGCUGAGCGAGAGCCACCGGAAACACGCGGAGGCGCAGUGCAAGAGCAAGGAGGAGGUGAUGGCCGUGCGGCUGCGCGAGGCCGACAGCAUGGCCGCCCUGGCCGAGAUGAGGCAGCGCGUGGCCGAGCUGGAGAUCCAGCGUGAGGAGGGGCGGCUGCAGGGGCAGCUGGAGCACACGGACACGGCGCAGUACAUCCGGCACCUGCAGGGCCACAUCCGGCAGCUCAAGGCCGAGAUCCGGCUGCUGCGGGGGCCGCUGUCCUUCGGCGCGGUGGCCCUGGGGACGCCCCUGGGGGACGAGGACUCGCUGGGCUCCUCGGACGAGGAGCUGCCACCGCCGCCCUUCGCCCUGACCCCGGGGGACACCGGCGACACCGGGGACACCGGGGACAGCAGCGACAGCGAGAGUGAGGUGGCACCGACGGCACCGUGACACAUAGGGGACAUUGGGGACACCAGGGACACUGGGGACAGCAGCGACAGCAAGCCCGAGGUGGCACCGACGGCACCGUGACACCCAGGGGACAUUGGGGACAUUGGGGACACCGGGGACAGCAGCGACAGCGAGCCCGAGGUGGCACCAACGGCACCGUGACACCCAGGGGACAUUGGGGACAUUGGGGACACCGGGGACGGCAGUGACAGCGAGCCCGACGUGGCACCGACAGCACCGUGACACCCAGGGGACACCGGGGACACCGGGGACACUGGGGACAGCAGUGACAGCGAGACCAAGUGGCACCGACGGCACCGUGACACCCAGGGGACAUUGGGGACACCGGGGACAGCAGCGACAGCGAGCCCGAGGUGGCACCGACGGCACCGUGACACCCAGGGGACAUUGGGGACACUGGGGACAGCAGCGACAGCGAGAGUGAGGUGGCACCGACGGCACCGUGACACCCAGGGGACACCGGGGACACCGGGGACAGCGAGAGUGAGGUGGCACCGACGGCACCGUGACACCCAGGGGACAUUGGGGACACCGGGGACACCGGGGACAGCGAGAGUGAGGUGGCACCGACGGCACCGUGACACCCAGGGGACAGCCUAAGGUGACACCCAGGGACCCACAGGGACACUGGGGACAGGCCAGGGGACAAUGGGACACCUGCAGGUCCUGUGGCACCUGGGGGACGUCUCGGGUCCCUGUGGCACUUUGGGGACACCAGGGGACACUGAGGGACACCAAGGACACUGAGGGGACACCUGUGACAAGGAGGGGACACUGAGGGACAAGUGUGACACCUAAGGGACAGCCAGGGGACACUGAGGGACACCAAGGACACUGAGGGGACACUGAGGGACAAGUGUGACACCUAAGGGACAGCCAGGGGACACCCGAGGGACAUUCAGGGGACACCGAGGGACAUCCAGGGAACACCGAGGGACACUGAGAGACACCCAAAAGGCUCCAAGAGACACCCAGGGGACACUGGGGGACACCUGUGACACCCAGGGGACACCAAGGGACAGCCCUGGCCAGGCUGAUCCCACACAUGGAGAGAUCCCAGGACAGGGACAGAGGGGACAGGGACAGGGACAGGGACAGGGACAGGGACAGAUCCCAGGAUGGGGACAGGGACAAGGGGCAGGGUCAGGGAUGGAUCCC